AUGGGAAAAUCAAGAGUAGCCCCACUCAAGUUGAUCACUAUCCCAAGACUUGAGCUGACCGCAGCGGUUGUGGCAGUGAUGGUAGACAAGAUGCUACAGCAAGAACUUAAGAUCCCACUGCAACAAUCCAUCUUCUGGACAGAUAGCACUACGGUGCUCAGAUACAUCGACAGCGAAACAGCCCGUUUCAAGACCUUCGUCGCUAACAGAAUUGUACUCAUCAGAGAAGCAACCAAGCCGUCACAAUGGAAGCAUGUUAGGACGACAGAGAAUCCUGCAGAUCAAGCCAGCAGAGGCCUGAAGGCAAAGAACUUGGUCCAAGGGGGAACCUGGAUCAACGGGCCAAACUUUUUGUUGAACAGUGAAAAUGACUGGCCAGAGCAGCCAGACAGAAAAGAAGAAAGCCUUCCAAACGAUCCGGAAGUCAAGAACAAAGUCACAGUCAACGCAAUCAAGGUCAAAGAAGAUAUGGAACCAUUGAACGAACUGAUAAACUACUAUUCAGAUUGGCAUAAACUGAAAAGAUCAGUAGCCUGGAUUUUGAAAGAGCGCCAGAAAUGGUUGAAGCCUAGAACAAACUUCAUGACCGGAGAUGUCGUGCUACUAGUGGACAGUUCCUCUCCACGCAACUCCUGGCUCAUGGGAAAAGUUGUGGAAACAUUGCCAGACUCAAAUGGAACAGUGAGAAGAGUAAAGAUAAAGACUAAAACCAGCAUGCUGGAAAGGCCUGUAAACAAGCUGUGCCUAUUGGAAGAGGCAAUAUCAGAAGAGUGA